AAAAAGCGAAGAAGUGUGUGGUGCACUGCCAGCCAGCCAGCCAGCCAGCCAACUGCGUGCGUGCGUCUGCAGGCAGGCAGGCAGGCAGGCAGGCAGGCAGGCAGCUGGAAGGUCUUGUCAGCUUCGACGGACAACUCAGGGCUUUAAAAGAUUCCCCCCUCCCACUCCCCCACAUUUACAUUUCUCCCCACUACCUUUCGUAUCGAUUCCUUUUCCAUCGACACCGACACACAGAAAAGACGAAAGACGAAAGAAAGAAAUCACACGUCAUGGGAAAAAUCGGCCGCUUCGCGUGUAUCCUCACGCCCAUGCUUUGUACCCUCGCCUCGCUGGUGGCAGUGGUACUUCUCCUCAUCAGCGGGACGAGCAGGAAGAUGCUGCCGUCGAUGUAUCAGUUCAGGCUCGACGUCCGCCGCAUCAACCUCCAAAGCUCUCUCGACACGAUUCCGGGCUCACUCAGCGCCAACGUCAGCACGGGCGUCACACAGGCAAACGCCCAAGAGCUCGGCAUGAGUGACUUCUACACGUCGCACAUGUGGAACUACUGUUCGGGCAACGUCACGAACGACAACUCGUGGGACAUCCAGAGGUGUACGGCGUCGAAGUCUGGGUACACUUUCGAUGUCGAUGCUAUCGUCGCCGCGGAGGCAAAGAAGGAGAUUGAAUUCCCCGACAGCGUCAAGAAGGUCCAGAAGGCUAUCAAUAUCGUCCAGAAGCUCAUGGCCGCCUGCUAUGUGCUGGGCGCUGUGGCUACCGGCGCUUGCUUCAUUGUCGGAUGGUUUGGCCUGCUGAGUAGGUGGGGAAGUUGUAUCACCACUGUUAUCGCGGACGCGGCCUUCCUCUUCAUCCUCGCCGGCUCGAUCUGUAGCACGGUGCUGAGCUACAGUCUCAAGGGUGCCUUCAACAAAGCCUUCGACAGCUUCGGCGUGUCAUGCACGAUCGGCUCGCAAUGGCAGACGACGACAUGGACGGCCACGGCAUUCGCGCUCGCCGCCAGCGUGUUCUGGAUGAUGUCGACGUGCUGCUGCUCAGGGCGCACCAGCAAGGUGAUGGGCCACCGCGAGCCGAAGGGGAAGCGCGCCAUGAAGGCCGAGCGCACCCCGCACACCUACGAGAGGGUUGCCAGCCCGUAUAUGGGCCACAACGCUGAAGAGUCCGGCCAGAGCGUGCCAAUGCAGCCCUACGGUGCCCACCAGAAGCCUGGGUUUGAGCCCAUGAGACAUGGCCGCGUAUAGUGCGGAUUAUUUGUGUCUGCUGCGCUGCCGGUGAGGUGAUGUGGCGGAGUGGAGUGGAGUGGUCGUUGUUUUUCGGUUUUGGGUUGGGUUGGGUCGGGUCAGCGUCCAUGUUUUGGGUUGGGUUAGGGUCCAUGUUUUGGGUUUAUUUUCACGAAUCUUCUUGCAUACCAUGUGUUCUACGGUACUUGUUUAUAUUUGCAGUUUACUAAUAUAGUACGGUUGGCUUGCUGUCCACUAUAAAGUAUGGAUUAAUACCGCUUCCCGGAAUGUACCGAGCAAUGACGCUAUGGAAAGAAGAAAACAACUGCUGGAGCCUGGAAACCAGUUCGGCUACAGAAUAUAAGGUUUCACGG